UGUGGUGGCUGCUGGAAAUGACUGUUUCCGAUCCUCAGACCUAUCUGCUCAAUCAAGGGUGCAGUCGGUUCAACGUGACUAGCUUUUCCGAUUUUUCUAGAAACCUAAACGGAACGUUAGCAGAGCUCCGAGGACAGUUAGAGAAUGGCAUGUACUUCGCGGUGGCUCAAGAAGCAACGGGUUCGGACCCGGUCUACACCAUGGUGCAGUGCAGGAAUUACAUGUCUAGAAGAGACUGUAUCUCUUGCUUCACUACUGCUUCGUCGCAAAUUCGCAGCUGCUCCUCCGCUAACGGUGCCCGCGUCAUCUACGACGGUUGCUUCCUCAGGUACGAGAGCAACAUGUUCUACCAGCAAAGCACACAAGAGGGACACCUUGGGAAUUGCGGGAACCGGUCAGCGUCGCAGCAUACUAUUUUCGAAACAACAGUGGGAAGGCUAUUAGGGAAUCUUGUAAGGGCGACGCCAAGGAUCGACUCAUUCUUCGCCGCGAACAGCGAGGAAGUGGUUGGUGUAAACGGCAAUGUAACAGCGUACGGAGUGGCGCAAUGCAUGCAAACCAUCGACGAGGCAGGGUGCAAGGCAUGUUUGGAUGUGGCUUUGGCCAAUAUUCGAAGAUGCCCGCCCGAUUCCGAUGGUCGAGCAGUUGACACGGGAUGUUUUCUAAGAUACUCAGACUCCCCCUUCUUCCCCGCUAACUUCACCAUUGAUCUUAGGCCCUUCCUCACAACCAGAAAUAGAACUAAAAGGAAUGCUCUGAUUGGAGGACUGGCUGGAGGUGGAGGUCUCCUUUUGCUUCUAACUUUAAUAUUGUUUUGGGUCAGAAACUCAAGAAACAAUAUUGCAGCUCCUCAAGAGGAUGUAGAGGGGCCACCUGAAUUGCAAGGUCCAAUGACUUACACUUAUAAAGAACUGAAUUUUGCAACCUCAAACUUUAGUCAACAAAAUAAAUUAGGAGAAGGAGGUUUCGGGGAAGUAUACAAGGGCACAUUGAAGAACGGGAGGGUAGUAGCAGUAAAGAAACUAGCAAUAGGCACAUCAGAAAAGGUAAAAGCAGAAUUCCAUACAGAAGUGAAGCUUAUAAGUAAUGUUCAUCAUCGCAAUCUGGUUCGCCUCGUUGGCUGCUGUAGCAAAGGCCCUGAGCUUCUCCUUGUCUACGAAUUCAUGCCCAAUGGCAGUCUCGAUAAGCACUUAUUCGGUGAAGGGCAUGGUUCUCUGAACUGGAAACAGAGAUACGAUAUAAUACUGGGCACAGCAAAGGGAAUAGCUUAUUUACACGAGGAGUUUCAUGCAUGCAUCAUCCACAGGGACAUCAAACCCAGCAACAUUCUAUUGGACCGAGAUUUUCAGCCUAAGAUUGCUGAUUUUGGAUUGGUCAGGCUUUUACCCGAGGAUCAAACUCAUCUUAGUACCAAAUUUGCGGGCACGUUUGGAUAUACAGCACCGGAAUAUGCAAUGCAUGGGCAAUUAUCGGUGAAAGUGGAUACAUAUAGCUUUGGGGUGGUUGUGCUUGAGAUAAUCAGCGGUCUAAAGAACACUGAAACACCUCUUGAUCCUGCUGAUGAAUUCCUUCUCAAACGGGCGUGGGGAUUGUACCAAGAUAACAUGGCAAUUGAGAUAGUUGACAGAAGCUUAAACCCAGAGGAAUAUAACGUAGAAGAGAUGAAAAGAAUGAUAGAAAUUGCUUUCUUGUGCACUCAAUCAUCGGCAUCAUUGAGGCCUACAAUGUCAGAGGUGGUUGCUUUGCUUAAAACAGUGAGUUCAUUAGAGCCUAGACAGCCCACACGACCCGCCUUCAUUGAAUCCGAAAGUAGGGUUAAUUAUAUUCCUCAUGAGAGUUCCACUUCCACUUCUUCGUCUAAUGCUACCAAUUCUAUCACUCAGGUCUCUGGUCGUUGAUUUUCUCAAUUCCCCAUGUCAUCAUGCAUUGCUUUUC